GGAAAAGUGAGCGGAACUUCCUGUUACUCUGAGCGGAAGUAGGUACGUGGCUGCUUCAGCUGACAGUCUACAUGAUGGCGACAGAGGUUCAGAGCGGCGACCUCGACAGCGCUACGUCCAGCCGGCUCGAAGUUUCCAUCGAUGGCCUCACCCUCAGUCCAGAUCCGGAGGGCGAGCAGAGCCCGGUGUCAGAGCCGGACCCCGCACCCUCGGAACCUGGGAACGAGAAGCCGGGUGCCGAUGGGGGCGAAGAUGGAGAGACUGCCAAAUAUGCGAUAGAGAGCAAUUGGGGCUUUCCUUUGCAGGAGCUGUACGCACUGGCCCUUAAAUUUUUCAAAGAUAAAGAUGGCAAGGCCUUCCAUCCAACUUAUGAGGAGAAACUUCGACUGGUGGCUUUGCACAAACAGGUGUUACUUGGCCCUUAUAAUCCUGAUGCUUCUCCAGAGGUCGGCUUCUUUGAUGUCCUUGGCAACGAUCGCAGGAAAGAAUGGGCCUCCCUAGGGAACAUGGAGAAGGAGGAGGCCAUGGUGGAGUUUGUCAAGUUACUCAACAAGUGCUGUAAUCUCUUUGCUCCCUUUGUAACGUCACACAAGAUUGAAAGGGAGGAACAGGAGAGGAAAAGGAAAGAAGAGGAGGAGCGUCUGAGGCUCGAGGAGGAGGAAAGGGAGCGACAAAGGCAGGAGGAAGAGAGACGACGGCUCGAGGAGGAGGAAAGGCUGAGAAUAGAAGAAGAGGAGAGGAGACAGGCGGAGGAGGAGAGAUUACGUAUCGAACAGCAGAAGCAGCAGAUCAUGGCGGCAUUGAACGCCCAGACGGCGGUGCAGUUCCAGCAGUAUGCAGCGCAGCAGUACCCCAACAGCCCCGAGCAGCAGCUGGGCCUCAUCCGUCAGCUCCAGGAGCAGCACUACCAACAGUACAUGCAGCAGCUGUACCAGGUCCAGCUGGCCCAGCAGCAGGCGGCCUUACAGAAGCAGCAGCAGGCGGAUUCCGUGGUGCAGGGCACUGUAGAAUCUAGCAGCUUCAACAGCGGGGAGCCCAUCCCCGCCUCAGCACCACCGUUGUGUUCUGCCUCUCCACUGGCUAGCGAGGAAGCUCCCACGGUCAACGGAGGCCAGUCGGAUUCUUACUCGGAGAGCAUGGACCGGGAGCCUGAGCCCGAGCCUGCAGAGGAGGUGUCUGAGAACGGGCCUUUAUUAGCAGACUCCCAGCCAGUGAUAGCUGCUCCCUCCAUGUGGACACGGCCACAGAUCAAGGACUUCAAGGAAAAGAUCCGGCAGGACGCCGACAGUGUGAUCACGGUGGGCCGUGGCGAGGUGGUCACGGUGCGCGUUCCCACGCACGAGGAGGGAUCUUACCUGUUCUGGGAGUUCGCCACAGACUAUUAUGACAUCGGCUUCGGGGUGCUCUUUGAGUGGACAGACGCUGCCUCUGCCUCGGUCAGCGUGCACGUUUCGGAGUCCAGUGACGAGGACGAUGACGAAGAAGGUGACCCCCCCACUGAGGAGGAGAAGGCAAAGAAGGAGGCAGGGAAGCCGCAGGUGGAUGAGAUUGUGCCGGUUUACCGGCGGGACUGUCACGAGGAGGUGUACGCCGGCAGCCACCAGUACCCCGGCCGCGGAGUCUACCUGCUCAAGUUUGACAACUCCUAUUCCCUCUGGCGCUCCAAGAGUGUUUACUACAGAGUCUACUACACCAGAUAAGCCUGAUUACUGACACGGGGGGGUGAGAGAGAAGGCAGCCCAUAUUUGUGUGCGUGUAUGUCUGUGUGUGUGUGUGUGUGAAGGAAAAAGUGAUUCUUUCUGGACAAAAUCCACCAGAGGGGGACAAAGAGACACAUCUGGAGCUCUCUUUUGGAGAUUGGACAAAGGUUGAUGUCCCGUCGGUGUGCUCUUGACUCACCUUGCAUCCAUACUACAUCCUGUCAUGGAGCCCUGAGAGGGGCGGUGUGCCCUGCGGUCGCCAGCUCGCCGCCUGUCCUGGGCGCGCGUGUGUGCACUGAGCUGUAGGACUGUGCUUUCAAACCGUACUUCACCUUCCUUUUUCUCCCCCGGGCUUCUGUUCCACGACCAGCCCAGCACAGUCCACCGUGGCCUUACGGCCGCCUCUGUCCUGACCGACUCCAAAAAUCACCGAUGGAAACGUGGGAAGUCCAACUGUGUGAGCCAGAGUUUCCGGUUUGGUGGAAAUGGUGGUUAUUAUAUUAACACAGUCGAAGUUGGAAAUGCUGUUAUAUUGCAAAUGUGCUUCAUAACACUAUGCCUUCUGCACAGGGGUCUUCUGAUCUUUUGCUUAAUCGCACAUAAACAACACUUUUAAUUAUUAUUUUUGUUUUAAAAGCAAACAAAAAGAUUAGUUAUUUCUUCCAUCCACCAUGCAAAUAUGAAGACUUCAGUGGAUUGUUUUGCUGUUAUUCCCCCACAACAACGGUCUGUUUCUCACCUCUAUGACUUGACACAAUCUGACAGACAGAAUGCAGGGAGUAGAUUUCAACGAUCAAGUUUACUGCCAUCAUCUAUGAAGGACCGGCAAGAAAUCAUUCAGCCAUGUGGAUGUUUAGGGAAAGAGACCAAAAAAGCAUGCAUGUCAUGGGUCCUGAGUAAGUUUAAAAAAAAAAA